UGAAGCACAUCAAUUGCGAGAGUCGUGGGCGGGAGUGAUAAGUUGGACAUAUUUCGCACACGAUGCCUCUUGUAGUUAUGUGCGGACUUCCUUGCAGCGGCAAAUCAACUCGAGCGCGACAGCUAAAGGAGCGCUUGAAGGGAACGUGGCCAGUUGAACUUGUCUCGGACGACGAAGGACUCGAGCGGAACGACGUUUACACAGAUGCGGCACGGGAGAAGCAGUUGCGCGACCAGCUAAAGUCGGACGUGGCAAGGUUGCUGUCGCGAGACCGUCUGGUGAUUCUCGAUGCUCCAAACUAUAUUAAAGGCUACCGGUACGAGUUGUAUUGCCUGGUGCGUGGGGCACGAACAAACCAUUGUGUGGUGCAAGUGCUGGCUACCCAGGACCAAUGCAAGCAGUGGAACGCACAGCGGCCUCAACCACAGCAGUACACGCCGGAGGUAAUGACUGCCUUGGCUGAGAGACUCGAGUCGCCCGACGCAAACAACCGCUGGGACCGGCCACUGGUUCAGCUGUCCUGGGACACCGACGACUCAGAGGCUGCCAAGGAGGUUGAAAACGCACUGUCCGACCAUCGGCCGCUGCCACCACACCGUUCCACACAGAAUGCACCCUUGGUUGCAGACCUCCAUGAGCGUGACCAGUUGACACUCAGUUUGGUGCAAACAAUGCUGCAGUCUGGCGACCCAACGCUGCCACCCGCUGGCAAACUGCACAGGCUGCGACGGCAGUUCUUGGCUUGGAGUGGGACACAGCCUUUGUCCGAAUUGCCACAGCUGUUCGACCAGUACGUACGGAGUGGUGGCGACCAGUGCUAGGCGUCGGCUAACUCCAGUAGCGUACUGCUGUAUGCGAGGUCCCAGUAGUGCUCUACACCGUGCUUGCGGAAGUGUUCCCUGGCGAGUGACUCCGUUGGGCAUACCUUGAACUUGAGCUCGCCAAAGCUCCGUGACUUGACUGUCCCCUGCAACACAUCAGGAUCCCUCCCUUGUUGCAAACAGUGGGUGCAUCCUUAAGUAUAUCUUUAAUACGCUGUUCCUGUCUUCCCAAGACUACUUACUGAAUAUUGCCUGAGGUGUUGCUUUUGAGCAGUGACAAUGGUGCAGUAUCUUGAGCAGUCGGAAAAAGCUAAUUGCAAAGUCACUUUUCAAGCAAGCAAUAGGCAUGUGCCUUGCACAUCGAGGCUACAGGGGCCUCUAUCGCAGCAAGCCCUGGCACAUUUGAUACACUAAUUUAAGCGCUAUAUCCGUAAUAAAGCAGCUUAUGGCAAAGA